AUGCCUGGACUCAUUUCAACUGAAGAAAGUAAAGUUAUAAGAAAAAUAUUAAUUCCAAUUUAUGAAAGUUCUGAAGCUCAUAAAGCAAUAUUAUGGUAUGUUAAUAAUCUGAAACUUCCUGGUGAUUUGAUUAUUUUCUUACAUGUUAUUGAACCUAUUCUACCAUCUGCUUUAUCUGGACUAUCAAGUCAAUAUGAAACAUUGCCAUAUAAUGACAAAUAUCAUGUAUCUGAAAAAAUAAUGAAUAAAGCUAAAUUAUUAUGUCAAGAACUUGUACAUGAAGCAAAUAUAUAUGGUAUCAAAUCGGAAGCAAUGAUACAAAUUGAUACAAAACCAGGUCCAGCUAUAAUUAAAAUGAUUAAUGAACAACAUAUUGAUAAUAUUAUUAUGCUUAAACGUAGUUUAAGUUUUAUUAAACGUGCAAUUACUGGAAGUGUUAGUUCAUAUGUAUUACAUCAUUCUAAUAUACCAGUUACUAUUCUAUCAACAAUGAAUAAUUAA